UCCCCGAUUCUUCUCUCUCUCUCCCUCUACUUUUCUCUCCAAUUCGAACGAGUCCUCUUUCCCAUCCUAUUUUAUGGAGUAUACGCCUUCCCAAACACCCAUAUCCACUUCCCCCCAAACACAUUCGAGUUUCGAACACAAAAACCUCCCUCUCUCUCUCUCUCUCUCUAACCACCAUCUGCUCAACCCUCAACUAUUAUUCUUCUAUCCCCGAUCAAUUCUCUCUCCUCUCAAACUCACCUCCAUCUAAACUCCCCAAUUCCCAUGAUUCCAAACAAAUUCUCGUAAUCUGGUCAGUUUACGCACACCUCGACUAAUUUGAAAAGCAUAAAUCUACCGUCCACUAGCGGGAGAUUCUCUCCCUUUGAUCAAAGAAAAUCUCUCUCUAUCUGAUGGGAAACUACAUCUCCUGCGCCCUCUCAACCCCACAAUCCAAACACUCCGCAGCGAGAGUAAUCUACCCAACGGGGGAGAUCAAGCAGUUCCACGAGUCCACGAACGCGGCCGAAGUCAUGAUGGAAGCCCCCAACUUCUUCCUCGUCAACGCCAAGUCCCUCCAGAUUGGCCGCCGGUUCUCCGCCCUCGGCGCCGACGAGGACCUCGAGCUCUCCUCCGCUUACGUCAUGUUCCCGAUGAAGAGGCUUGGCUCCGUCGUCACUGCGGCCGACAUGGGCACCCUGUUUCUGACGGCGAAUUCCAGAAGGGUGGCGGCCGGAAACGUCAGAGUGUUGCCGGAACCGCCGGGGGUGAAGGAGGCGGUGGUGACGCCGAAGCUGAAUUUGGACGAUAUCGAGGAGUUUUCGUCGUUAGAGUUUAAGCACAGGUUGUCUAUGUGCAGGUCUAAGAAGCCGUUGCUGGAGACAAUAGCAGAAGAGCCAAUUUGCUCAUGACGAUAUGUUUUCAGGUGUCCGAGUCAAUAUACACAGCACCUUAAUUAAUUUUGAAGACCAAUCCCAUCGUUUGCGAUGAUGAUAUGGUCCGAUAAAUUAUUCAAUGUUCUCGGGACAUUGCCGCGUGGUGCCCCAAACUCUUCCUUCACUACACAUUUGUGUGGUUCUUACAACAAAUGUAAUGAGCGCACACAAAUGCGAGAUCGAGAAGAGUUUGGGCACCAUCACAUGAUUCCUUGAGCCAUAGAAUAAUUAAUCGGUAUGUUCCUAUUUUAGUAGUAUAUACAAAGUGUUCCUAGUUGUAUGAGAUGUGUUUGUUGUGACGAUUCUCUCUUUAGAUUAUAGUAGUAAUUUUUGUUUUUCGAGUGGACAUGUGGAGAAACUACCCCCAUGAAUUGGGAGAAAUUGGGAAGAGCAAUGCUAGGUACCCCGAAAUCAUUCUGACCAUGUAUUUUUUAUGUCGCUAAUAAAAACUUAUUAACAGUCAAAAA